AUGAUCCAAGCUGCAUGCCACAACUUCGCCACGCUUGGAGUCCUACGGACUCUUGCUGGUGCCGCCGAAUCUUGCUCUGAUCCGGGUUUCAUGCUGGUAACGAGUAUGUGGUACACAAGACGAGAGCAGCCCGUUCGUAUUGGUCUUUGGUAUACUGCCAAUGGCUUUGGGAUCGCUCUUGGUGGUCUUCUCGGAUACGGCAUUGGGCAUAUUCGAGGCGCAUUGCCAUCUUGGAAAUAUGAGUUUUUGAUCAUUGGCGCUCUAUGUUCGGCAUGGGGUAUCGUCAUGAUCUUGUUUCUACCCGACAGCCCAGUGACAGCCAAAGGACUGACAUUGAGAGAACGUCGUAUCGCCGUGGAGCGUCUGCGCGUGAACCAAACCGGUAUUGAGAAUAAGCACCUGAAACCAUAUCAGAUCUGGGAAGGCUUUACCGAUUACAAACUAUAUAUGUUUUUCUUCCUUGGUGUUGUUUGCAACAUCCCCAACGGCGGAAUCUCCAACUUUGGCACCAUCAUCAUUCAAGGCUUUGGCUUCUCUACCCUCGUCACUACACUAAUGCAGAUCCCUUACGGCGUCAUCAUUGCCUUAUCCAUUCUCCUCUGCGUUUUUCUCAAUGAUAGAUUCGAAAACAAACGUUGUAUAUUUAUCCUUCUCUUCUUAACCCCAAACAUCACCGGCGCCUUUGGACUUCGAUUUGUCCCUCUUGACCAGAAAGUCGGACGGUUGAUUUGCUAUUAUUUGACGGGACCGUAUAAUGCGGCGUUUGUGUUGGUGCUUAGUAUGCAAAUAGCUAAUACUGCUGGACAUACCAAAAAAGUAGUUACAAACGCGGUUCUCUUCCUCGGAUAUUGCACCGGUAACAUUGCAGGUCCAUUCUUCUAUAAGACCAAUCAAUCGCCAACAUAUUCCCUUGGAAUAUGGUCCAUGAUCGGAUCUCAUCUCAUUGAAGCCGUGCUCAUCUCUACGCUUGGUCUUCUGCGAUGGGAAAACAAGAAACGUGACAGGAUUCAGUCGGAGAUGGAAGGAGGAUUGCAAGGAAGAGACUUGGAUGCCACUGCGUUUUUAGAUUUGACUGAUCGGGAGAAUCUGAAUUUCCGGUAUAUCUAUUGA